ACCCGGAGACACAGACACGCAACCGCAGCCGCCGCUACCCGCACCACGGCCGCCGCGUAACCGGAUCUGGCUCAGCCCGCCGGUCGCUGCCGAGGUUUCUCCGGACGCGCCAUGGCCGGGUAGCAAGGGGGAGCCGGUGGCGGGGCGGCCAGAAUGCUGCGGGCGCCGGCUCUGGCGAUGCGCUUCGCCAUCCUCCUGCCCCUCUUAGUCGGCCCCGGCUGGCCGGCUCGGGGGAAGGCGCAGCUCGGGGAGCCUCCGAGCCCGCAGGAGGUGGUGAUCAAGGUUCAAGUGUAUGAAAAUGGUGACCUGUCUCCACUGCCUCAGGCCACCGUGGAAGCAUAUGGAAACCAUACGUCUAUGGCUUCAGGCACCACUGACAAUGAGGGUGUUAGCAUGCUCCCCAUCAGCUAUCGCCUGGGUACCUGGGUCCUCGUCACAGCUUCUAAGCAUGGCUUUGUUACGAACUCUGUUCCUUGGCGUGUCAACAAACUGCCACUUUAUGCCUCUGUCAGCCUCUAUCUUCUCCCAGAACGCCCUGCAACACUUAUCCUCUAUGAUGAUUUGAUACAGAUCCUUCUUGGUUCUCCAGGAGCUAAGAGCCAACCAUGGGCACAGUUCCAGCGAAGGUCUGCCCGCCUGCCCCGGAGUUCCACAUACAGCCAGCUGUCGGCCUCUCUGACUGCUGCCAGCAGUGGGCCAGACAUGAGGGGUUUCCCAUCCUUCAUUGGGGCAGAAAGCAAUGGCAGUGUCAAUAGCACAUGGAUGGAGCUAGUGCCUAUCGUUGCAGUCAGCGUUCACCUCUUCACUGGCAAUGGGACAGAGGUCCAGCUCUCAGGCCCCGCCCACCUCUCUAUUCCACUCCCACCAGACACAGUUGCUGCAGCAUCCACUAGUGUGCCAGCUUGGCGCUUUGAUCUCAAGAGUGGCUUGUGGAUCCGAAAUGGGACUGGCCUCAUCCGCAAGGAAGGGAACCAGCUUUACUGGACAUUUGUCUCUCAACAGCUGGGUUAUUGGGCAGCUGCCAUGCUGUCCCCAACAACUGGGUUGAUGAGUGCAACGGCAGGUAUAAGAGACAUUGCCACAUAUCAUACCAUCUUCCUGCUCACCAUCCUGGGUGCCCUGGCAUUGCUGGUACUUAUUCUGCUCUGCCUACUUAUCUACUACUGCAGGAGGCUAUGUCUCAAACCACGUCAGCAACAUCGAAAGCUUCAACUCUCUGGAGCACUGGAUGCUUCCAAGAAAGACCAGGCCACAUCUAUGUCCCAGAUCAACCUUAUCUGUACGAGCCACAUGGAGACGGCCUCAUCCAAUGGGGACACAGAUGUCCACACGCCCAUCCUCAAGUCAGCCUUCUCUUCAUCCCGGGAGUUUGAGAGUUCCCGGGAGGAGUUUUUCAAGCAGAUGUCAAACCAGAAAGGGCGUCAUACCACAAAGGCUUCUGUAGCAGAUACGUUAAGCCAGCGAGGGGGUCCCAAGGAUGACUACCCACGAACAGUAGAGGGCUACUCACUCAAGGCAGCUCGCUCCAUGGAUGUCCCUGGCACUCUUGAGCCUCCUCUUCUGGAGGACUACAAGCGGAGCUAUUCACAUCAAAGAGUGGAAGAGAAGAACAGUGAGGCACAACGCAAGCAGGUGCGCAAUGAUGGCAAGGUGUACCUGCAGGAACCCCCUUCCCCACCGCCUCUCCCUCCUCCCUUCGAUCACUACGUGGGUCACAAAGGAGAUCCCAAAGCUCCUGAGUUCAUGAUGUCACAGUCAGUCGAUCAUCUUGCCCGUCCUACCUCCCUGAGUCAACCUGGGCAGCUGAUCUUCUGCGGUUCCAUUGACCACAUGAAGGAUAGCAUGUACCGAAAUGUCAUGCCAACACUCGUCAUUCCAGCCCACUAUAUGCGCCUGGCACCCUCUGAGCAGCCUACGGGGAGCUCUGAGAACCAACCAGAUAUGGACUCAGCAGGUAUGGGUCUCCCUCACCAGUUUGGGCCCCAGGAACAGCAGCAGCGGCAGCAGCAGCAGCUCCUCCAACAGCAGUUUCAGCUCCAGCAACAUCAAGUGGAAGAUGGUGAGGGAAAAGGUUGGGGUCCUCACACUCAGUCAGUCAGUGGCUCAGUUACAAUCCCUGUGUUGUUGAAUGAAUCCACUAUGGCCCAGCUGAAUGGGGAGCUGCAAGCAUUGACAGAGAAGAAGCUGCUGGAGCUGGGUGUGAAGCCCCACCCACGUGCCUGGUUUGUGUCCCUGGAUGGGCGUUCCUCCCAAGUCCGCCAUUCUUAUAUAGACCUCCAAGGCAAUGAGCGCAGCCGGAGCAAUGAUGCCAGCCUGGACUCAGGUGUGGAUGUCAAUGAAGCCAAGCCACCCAAGCGCCUGAAGGAGGAACGCCUAGCCCCUUCUAUGGGUCCCACUUACUCCAAGCUUGUGUUUGCUGAUGCCGAUACAGAGCAAAGUAGCAGUGAGAGCCGCACUGCCAUUUGCUCUCCCGAAGACAACUCCUUGACACCUCUGUUGGAUGAGAACACCGACCACCGAGCGGCUACUAUUCCCCGGCGUGGGCGCAGCCGUGGCAAUAGCUCUCGCAGCAGUAACAGCAAUAGUGAACUGCGUCGUGACUCCAUGACCAGCCCGGAGGAUGACAGCAAUGAGCCCUCUGAAGGGACAGAUGAACAGGGGGACAAGAAGAGUCCCUGGCAAAAACGUGAGGAGCGUCCCCUCAUGGUUUUCAAUGUGAAGUAGCUGACAAGAGACCACGGGGGUCUGUCUUCAUAGCACAGUAGGGCAGGGGGCAUGAAGGGAGAGCAGAGGUCACCAGAACCACGGAGAUCAGUAUUCUCAACUGAAUAUGGUGCAGCUUCCUCUCCAUUGAUUCAAGUGCUUGGCAGAACAGAAACCUUGGACGCCCGCUAGCUGAGAUUAAAUAGACAGAGCAAGACACAAGAGUGCAACCAGGCUGUGCUCCCUCCUUUUUCCAACAUGCCCUGAAAUCACUCCAGACACUUGCCUUUCCCCAGGCAUGUUGUAAUACAUGCCUCGUCAGUUGCCUAGGAAAGUUUGGCCUCUGUCCUUUCCCACCGACCACUGUGAGCCAGGCAGUGUGGGGUAUACAGGAAUGGUGGAGGCUGUGAUGGCAGGAAAGGAAUUUCCACCGCUCUGUGAUUGUGUCUCAGUCCACAGGAGGAGGACAUGCCUUGUCCUGCCUGGUUUCAGUCUUGUUCCAAGAAUUCCUUGCAUCCCACCCAGCUUGGCACAGCCGGAACUAGUGCUGGGCCCUUGCCCGGACAUGUUGGGAGUUGUGGUGAAACAGAAGGCGACACUGGGACUCUUCAUCCCCUUUGCCCUUGUGGGCUUUGAACAGAUGCUUAAAAAAAUCAGUCCUGUGGAUUUUCCAAGCCAGGGGCUCUGGUUUGGGAGGGAGAGGCAAGUACCCCAGGGCUCUAGGCUGAUGCCCGUCUUUGCCUGUCGUGCCUCAGUGCCCCCAGCAGCCUAGGUUAUAGUAUAGAGCCCAGCCAAGGAAGGGGGAGGGAGGGUUGGGGAGUGGGGGUACGGGUGUGGCUAGUUGUACAUAAGUGUGUGCAUGCGUGUAUGUCGGGUUGGGUGGGAGUCUGAGCCAUGGUGUGUAUGUAUGGGUAGGUGUGUCAGUUGUGUCUGACCUCGCUGCCAAAUGAACUCCCCAGUGGAGUCUUCUCUGUGCCCCUCCCUUUUUUUCCUUGUGCCUGCGAUAUUCCUUCGUCUCCUCCAAGUGCCUUCCAGCCCCAACAUCUACCCCUCCUUCUCCACCCAUCCAGGCAGCUGUGAAUGAAACCUUGGAUUGCCUGUAAAGGGGUGCAGAUGUACCAUCUGCUCAAAGCUGCUCAGAUCUUCCUUCCUCUCUAAUCCCUUGUCUCUCCAGUACUGUAUGCUAGGAGGCCAGGAGGGGGGCUGGAGGGUGAAAGGAGUGGUAUUGAAGGAAAAGUCGGCCAGCGUUGUAUCCUCUCCUUGUAAGCCCAGCUGCCAACUGGUUAGACCACCAACAGAUAUAUAUCGAUCACCCCACACACAUAAACACACCCCAGAGCAUGACAGUGGUAAUGUCUGGUGCCCCAGGUGGAGAGCAGUGGGACCAAAUGUGGGGAUCUGAAGGUGUCUUAACAUGACUGAGGGAUGGGGAAGCAAAGGUAUCCUACUCAGAGCUUGACGACAUGACAUUUAUAGACUUACAGCUCUAAGAGCUAUAGUCCAGGAGCUUAUAGCCCAGAAAAGUAACAUUUUCAGGUUCUGAUCCUACUUUAUACAUUGGAGAAGGGGAAUCUGUCAAAUGCCUCUUGAGCCCUGGAAAACAAGGCCCUUGUGGAGGUUACACAGCUCACUGGAGAUAUAUUCAGCUAUAUUUGCCGGCUGAACAAAUAUGGCAUUUGUCGGCAGAACAGGAAGGGACUAACUGGGGAGAGGCAUUGUAAUUUGCAAACAUUAAAGUCAAUUGAAGGGCCUUUUUACAUUUCUCUGGCUCCCCUUCCCCCGCUUUUUUUUGGCAAAGGACUUUUGUAAUACUAGAGGGCAGCAGAGAGUUAGUUGAGAAAUAGCUUGAGUGGAUAAGGAAUGUCAUCUAUAUCACUUGAAAAUUCGUAAAUAAAACCUUACAUUACAUUAAGCUUUACAUGACAGAUGGGGAACAUGUUCUUUAGUGAGCAGCACUUCUAGGAGAGGGAAAGAUCAUUUUUGGUCUGAGUUGAUUGUUUACAGAGAACAUUAACUUCCUUUUCCAACUGUUCCAUCCAUCUUGAACUUUCUGCCCCCUUUCCCUCUGUCCAUUUCUGUUUUUCCACACAUUUUACCACUCCUACUCUCUGGGCAUUUCCCAGCUGCAUUACAUUAAGCCAAGGCCUGUUGGUUAUCCAGUCACUGUAGCAGGGGCUAUAAACUGGCAUUUUUGAAGGGCAACUCCCUCCCAGGGCUUGUAUGCUCAGACUUCGAAGCCAGACACCCAGGGCUCGUACACAUUUGGGAAUGGGAGGGUAGUGGGAGACAAACUGUUGUCAUUCCAUGCUGAGUGAGGGGAGGGGCACUUCACAUAUGUUCAGAAGCAAUGUUUUGUUCACCUGUUUCAUGGCUGAGCCUUAGCAAUUAAAAUAGCGUCUGGGGCUGAGCCCUAGCUCAAACUAAGCCCUUCUCCUAC